ACUCCUUUUGGUCCUAGCUGUUGUGAGAUUCAGUAUACACAUCCUCACAUCAUCAAGGAAGAAGCCGACGCGGGCGAUGCUGAUGACAAUGAGAUUAGUAAGUUUCAAUCAAAGUUCAUCGUUUUGGUCCUACCUGUUGUGAGAUGUUUUGACGUCGAAACUUGUUUCUUUUAUUUCAGGAGGAACACUAGCAAUGUCUUCUUUCUCAUUCGACUACUGUUUUUUUUGCUGAGGUCACUGUUUCAAAUCUAAAAGCAGACAAACUUGUGAGUCAAUUUUCAUACGUAUAAACCAUAUUUAGUUAGUCAAUUUUCAUACGUAUAAACCAUAUUCUGUGUUUGCAGUAUCUUCCUAAGCGAGCUACGAGUUCUACUGCUUUGAACAAACAAUGCCAAAAGAUGAUACUAGUGAACAAAGAGGAAAAUUCAUGGACUGCGAGUUUGCGAUUUAGCAAAUCAGGCGGCAUGUAUUACAUCACAAGAGGCUGGGGAAAGUUCUGUCGUGAUAACAAAUGAGACAUAUGAAACUUAUUUGUGUUCAAUCUGGUUGGAGAUGGGAAAACUACUCCAUUGUUGUGUGUAUGUCCGGAAAGUAAAGAGUGUUCUGAACUACUGAGCAAACACUUGAGCAGAAAGCAUGGUGAGUCUUCUCCAUUGCCUUGCUUGAGACGUCUUUAACUUGCUUGUUCUUUCUUUGCUUCUGGUUUAACUUGCUUGUUUGGUUUUGUUCUGCAGGUGACAUUGCUUCUGGCUCACAGGUGAAUUAGGAGAAUGGUCAAGUAGUCUUGCGUCUCUUUAGCUUGCGUCUCUUUAGCUAUGUAUCUCGGACUUGUUUAGAGCUUCUAUCCUCUUGUUUUCCUUGCUACAAUGUAAUUGUAUGAUCAGUUCAGUUUAGACUCAAGUUCUUGUGUUUCUCUACUCUUGUAAGUUUAAAUCUGUUUAGCUAACUACAAUUUUGUUUCUCUUCAUUCUCUUCUCUUUUAUGUUAUACAAGUAAGAAGAUAACUUGUACAAGUAAGAACAUAACAAAAUCAAGCUAAGAAGAUAACAAAAGUUGUACGAGUAAGAAACAUAAUUUAUUUACAAAAUGAGAAAUUAUAUACAAAACUUUUACUUAUAGAUAAAAAUUAAAAUAUAAUUUAAAGUUAUAGUUUAAAAAAACACUAAUUUUAGCUUAUAGUUUUAAGAAAAAUAUAAAACACUUAUUUGAUUUGAUUCACAAUAUUUGUAUGUUUACAUUUUCUUUUCUAAUAAAUGAAAAUUUUUAAUUUCAAAAUUUUAAAUUUUAAAUUUCUAAGAUUAAAAAAAAAAUACUAAGGACUCCAUAUUGGAUAACACCAUUGGACCUAUAAUUAUCAUAAGAGUCUUUAACUAUUGAAAAAAAAAUAUUAUAAUAUAGUUAAGGAUUCCAAUGGUGGGUAACACCAUUGGAGUUGUUCUUAGAAAUAGUCAGCGAGAGGUUUGACUUAACAUUACUGUUCAUAAAGCAAAUGAGUCAUACGCAAGAUCUAUUUUAAGCCCUUUAACUUUCUACGUUAUCCACUAGCCGCCAGUAUCUCUUAAAUCACAAGUAGGUUUUAUUUCCGCAUAUAGUCGCGUUUGGCAAUACUUCAUUCAUAUUAAUAUACUUCAAAAUUACACAGUAUACAACAAGAUUAAUUACCAGUUCAUCUUGAUUAGGUUUGAAGUUUCAGGCCUCCAUAUAGCUCACUUUCAGAAGACAAAGAUUGAUCACAAUAUGUUAACCAAUUAUACAUUAGAGACUUUAGAGUCACUAAGAAAAUAAUAUAUAUACACACAUACAAAUAAGUCUUGCAUCGUUCCAAUACAGUGAAUUACUUACUAUACGUCUAUUAGUAUUACUAUCCUAUUAUGUUCGAUCAAUUAUUGGAUAAACAAAUGUAGUUUUGUAUCGGUGUUAGGUAACUCAAUUGGUCAAUACUAGAAUAGAAAGAUAUGCAAGAUUAGUGAAGCGUUUUGACCCAAAAAAAAGAUUAGUGAAGCAAAGAAACAAAAAGAGAAGUAAUGAUAUAGACUAGGGUUUUAAAAGCAACAAUAACCACUCAACCAACAUUAAUUUUUUUAUUACUUUACAGAUUGAAUAUAAACAUCACUCCCUCUCUGCUUCUCACUUGCACAAUAUUUUUACAUAAUUACGCAUAUAUAUAUUAUAUGCGCCCGUGUGGUUUCAACAGCUGUAUAGACCUUCUCUCUUUGAAACACAACACAAGCCUCUCCCUUUCUCUCUUUCCAGUACUAUGUCGGAGAAACGAAUUAGAAUGGUCGAGAAAAAUAACAACAAGAGGCAGCGAGUGAAACUUGUUCCCGAGUUCUCCAUCAACGACCAUCAAGACGUGCUCGUAGAAAUACUCCGACGACUAGACGGUCCUUCUCUCUGCUCAGCCGCUUGCGUGUGCCGUCUUUGGUCGGCCGUGGCUCGUAAUGACUCAAUAUGGGAAGAGCUCUGUUUCCGACAGGUGUCACCACGACCUUCACUUCCCCUUCGCUCCGUUGUGUCAGCUCUAGGUGGCUACAGACGUCUUUACUUUCUCUGCAUCCGCCCGGUCCUCUCACGACUCCCCAAGAUCAUCUGGAGCCAUGACCAACUUCAGCUGUCAUUAUCCCUUUACUGUGUCCACUACUACGAGCGCCUUUACGUCGGCGCGUGGCAUGAAGACGCGCCACCCAGCGCGCCACCCAGCGCGCCACCUUCUUCGCUCAUGUUCCUUAGGAAACCCGUCAACGUCGUCUGAUACGUUCCUGAACGGCCAUUAAUAAUUUAUUUUAGUUUCCAAGAUUGUAUUCUUUAUCAUAUUAUUAUUUAUUCCCAUUUGUUACAGUUCACGAAAUUUCAUGAUUUCAUUACAAGAUUAUUAUUAGUAAACGUUGGAUCUUUUUUGUCACUCGGUUUCUUUUCUCUUUAGAUACUGCCAAGUGCCAACGUGUAGCUGUUUUGUCUCUUCUGCUUUUAUAUUUUUUGUAAGAAAUCUAAACUCAGUUCAUUAAUUUCA